AUGGAAAGCGAGUACGAAGACCCAGCAACCCUCGCGGAGCCGAGAAACAUUUCUGUCCAACAAUCCUUCCACCGGAUCCUCCACUCCACCCUCCUCACCUCCACCACCACCACCACCUCCUCCAACCAUGCCACCCCACAAUCACCACAACCACAACCACCCUCUUCAAUCCGCAACUCCAAAUUCCCGUUCUCGUCAACACCUUCAAUGUUCAAGGCACUCGGCCCCCGGGACAUGGAUACCUUGAACAGCCAAGAGGUUGUCCGGUUAGCCAUUUAUGUGAUGAAGCGCAGCUCUGUCGAGUUGGCGGAUCCAGUGUUGUGUGAGAAGGUACAUACCGAAGGCGAGAAGAAGCGCACCGCAGCUGCUUCUGCUGCUGGUGGUGGUACUAGUGGCGCGGGUGGUGCAUUGAAGAGAUUAUCAAGUAUAGAGAGCAGCCGGAAGGAAGCCAGAAGCACCGUCGCCAAAUCAAGCAGCAGCAGCAAUAACACCAACAAAGGAAGUGCCAACACCAACAUUACAGCGAGCUCGAUCUACCUAACAAAGGACUUUGACAUCGGCAACAGUUUACUCCACCACCGAUCAAAGCGACCCAGUCGCUCCUUGGAAUCCGUCCUCUCCAUUGCUACCUUCUGUGCCCGCGCCUCCAAACCCUCUGCUCGUAGAGCCUCCGCCGGUUCUAGUAGUGGUGCCAGCGAUAACGGGAACGGGAGCAAUAACAGUAAAGGUGGAGAUGGUAGACCGUCGACGACGGCGGCGGCGAUGGUGGGUGCGAGAUGGUUGGCGAAAUUGGGACAGAUGGUGUUUGGGGGUCCCUGCGCACAGGCAGGUCAUUCGCAUCAUCGCCGGACGAGACAUAGUCCUGACCUCCUCGAUCUACGAACCGCCACCAAUACCAACGAGAGUACCAGGAGUGGCAGAUCGGUACAAGGAGCAACAGCGGCACCGACGGAGAAACUGUGCAAGCAUUGUUCAGGAGCCAUGACCUGUCUUGCAAUCUCGAUCCUCCGCGAGGCAUCCUCCUCCUCAUCAUCAUCUACCGACUCUGCUCUGUCAGGACAAGGAAGAGGAAUCGAAGGAAGGGCGUCGGUCAAGAACUUGCCAGCGCCUCCGCCGGGGUUAAGGACUGCAGGGGCAACGCCGGUUCAAGAUUCGGGGUUCGAGAGCGGGGUUUCUGGAUUCGAGCUGCUGGAUGCUCAAUCGGACGAGAUCGCGUCCGACGCGUCUUCUUCUUCAUCUUCCUCUCUAUCAUCACCUACUACGACUUCCUCAAAGUUACCGUCCCCAGAAACAGGGAUGCUGCGCCAUGGUCAGAGUUCUCACGCUACCAAUGCUAGUCGAGAGGGAUCACAAAGGAAAACCAAUGAAGACUACCGGCCACGACUGGAGCUCAAACACAAGACCAGGAUCCGACCCCGUACUGAUGGUUCUGGUGGUUCAACUCCGAGGAUGGCAGCGUCGCCUUCGCCCUCUGGCGGGUCACCAUACAUCAUAUUCGACAAAUCCCACCAAAACGACACGGUGAUCCGGCACCCACUCCAAUUAGACACCUCCAACCAGCACCAAGCAGGACAGGGACAAGAACAAGAUCUGUACGAGGAAGAGUAUGAAGCCAGCGAGUCAGGCGCCUGGUCACCAUCAUCAGUCCUGUCAAGUUCGCUCGCAGAAGAGUUUGGACUCGACUUGACAGCGGGCGGCAACUGGAGGAGUAACAUGUAUGCGAGCACAGGAACUCGUACGCCUCGUGCUGAGGAUGUGGAUGAUGAUGGGAUGGAUAGUCUGCCGUUGGGAGAACGGGUAAAGACGCGACUGGAGCGUGAUCUGGCGGAAGCUUUAGGUACACCUGUCCUCAGUGAGCCUAUUUCUACUUCAUACUCGCCUUUCAUCACACAACCACCGCAGCCGCCACCACCACCACAACCAGUAGCAGUAGCAACAGCGGUGCCUUUUAUGCCAUCAAUCCGCAGACCGUCCAUCACUGGGCUAGGCAUCCACGCCCCCGUGCGGAGCAACAGCAACGUUGAUACCGGCAGUGAUGAUGGCGAGGAAGAAGCCUUCCACCAGGCGCUCGACUAUUUCAUCCACCCACUCUCGACCUCACCACACCAAAGGGUAUCUCCACGAACCACCACCACCACCGCCACCACCACCGCUCCCCUUACCAUCCCCGGCGCCUCCGUCAUACCUACAGAAGCCCUCACAAAUGCGAACAAGAGCCCUGGUACAGCGCCGUCACCAACGUUCCUGCAGCCCUCUCCAUCAAACUACUCUUCUCCACCUUCUUCCCCACCUUCUUCACCAGCCCCAGUGUCCCCAGCAGUCAUGUCCACUCCAACGACAGACGAUGUUGCGACACCUUUGCUACCGCCUGCUUCAGGAGAUGAGGAGAAAAAAGAAAAGGAGGAGGAGGAGGAGGAGGAGGAGGAGGAGGGUGCAGAAUCGUCAAAGACGCGUCCGUUUUAUGGAGUGGGGAUCCACGGCCGAGCAUCUGUGGAAGAGUCCGCGCAGGAGGGUGGGGAGCCUAUACAGAAGAAGGCUUCUCCCAUGGACUUGGGACAUGAGUCGAUCCUGCCAGCUGUCGAUAGCGAUGAUGACGGCGAGGAAAGAAAGAGGGAAGAGAAAGUAGAAGGGGUCACUUUUGAACAGCCUUCCGUCAAUAUUGUUGAACCCACUGGCGAUGCACUAAAGCGGCCUAACGAUACUGAUGGGCCUGUAGAUGAGGUGCACGAUGUGGAAGACGUCGAGGCAGUAGAUUCUCAAUCGACCACUACAGCAGCAAGAGCGGAGGAGGAGGAGGAGGAGCCCACGAGUACCGAGAGACGUCUGUCAACGUUGAGAUAUGGUGGGGUUGGAUUACAUGCUUUGACGCCCUCGGACGAGUAUGUCCAGAAUAUUGAGGAAGCAAUGCAACGUCCUCCGCCUGUCGAUAUGAGCGCGUCGUAUUUUGAUUUAGAGGAUAAGGAGGAGGAUGACAGGGGCGAGACCAGAAACUCAACAGAAGAGCAACAAGAUGACAAGGACAAGGGUGGGGACGCGGUACAGACAGACGACCACACGACCGAGGAAACAACCACCGUCUCAUCCGCCAUCGACAGAAUAGAAGACAGCUCCCUUGCCGCCACAGAGGCCAAGAGCCACAUCAUGACUGCGCUACGCUACGGCGUUGUGGGGCUCCAUGGCAAGACGCCCUUUGAGGAGUACGCCCAUAAGAUCGAGGAGUCUAUCCAGCGCGGCGCACAAACCAUGGAAGGCGAAGACUUGAAGGAGGAGAGGAGGUCUGACUCUGGUGGUGAGGAGGAGGACCGUGAGGUAACUGCGCACAAAAAAGACGCCACCAACAAACCAUUUCCACUCUCCAUCAGCACCACUCGCCCCUUGUCUUCAGUAUACACCCACGGACCCACAACCGACAGCAGUUUCGACUAUUCCUCCUUAUCCGACAACCUAGACUCCUACGACUCCUCCAACCCCUCUUCCCCCUCCAGCCCCUUCCCUUCCUCCCCCUCCACCACCACCCCUCAAACAGCUGUCCAAAAAGAACUCCAUGACCUCCGCAUAGCCUCCCAACGCCGUCGAAAAAUCCAACUCGUCGAUGAUGCACAACGCAAGAAAGAACAACUAGCCCGGAUCCGAGAACAGCUCGAACGGAAAGCCCUAGGCAAGAUCCGGGAACAAGUCUCGUUCUGGGAGACCAAGGGAGUGUUGGAACAGAAGGUUGUGGGCGCUGAGGAGGUUGUUGAAAACGAUGAUGAUGGCGAGGAUGGGAUGGAUGGGGGUGAGGGUGGAGCAAUAUCCGAGAGCAACAAGGAGUUGCCAGGUGGGCUGUCGUUGAGUCUGGAACAUCUCCGAGGAGGAGGAGGAGGAUGGGGAGGAGGAGGAAACGGAAAUAGGAAAUCGUCGGGGGAGCCAAUAUCUCCAGGGAACAGCCAGUCCCCGGGGGGUUACUAUAGCGAGAUGCCGCAACUGGCCACACGACGGUCUCUUUCCACAGCGGCUUCUUCAACCAACCACAAGAUCCAUUCACAAGCAGGAUUGCGUCCGUCCUCCGCUCCGGAACCUAGUGAGAUUGACGCCUUCCUUUCCAAUGUCGACUAA